GGCUGGUGCAGGAAGUGACGCAGAGCCUUGGCGGAAACGGGACCACGGAGACGCGUAAAGAUUUUUCGAAGACUCGCUGCUCUUCCAGUGGACCUGAGAAGGUAGUGGAGUGAAUCGCGCUCUGUAGUGUUCAGGAGACCAGCCGAAGGAGAGGUCUUGGGGUGGAUUCCGCAGGUCACGACCAUCGUGGAUAGAGGCUGUGCCAAACCAUGGUGGAAUACUACCAGAUAUUAGGAGUACCUAGAAAUGCCUCCCAGGAGGAUAUCAAAAAAGCGUACAGAAAACUGGCAUUAAAGUGGCACCCAGACAAAAACCCCGAAAACAAGGAGGAAGCAGAGCGGAAAUUUAAAGAGCUUUCCGAGGCUUAUGAAGUCCUGUCAGAUGCCAACAAGAGAAACCUGUAUGACGCAUACGGCAAAGAAGGCUUAUCUGGAAGUGGUGGAGGAGGACAUUAUGGUGAUCCAUUCAGUGGAGGAUUCACUUUCCGAAACCCGGAAGAUGUCUUCAGGGAGUUUUUUGGCGGACGAGACCCAUUCGCUAACUUCUUCGGCGACGACCCGUUCGACCCCUUUGGUGACUUCUUCGGCACGGGGCGCAGUCGGCACCGCGGUGUGAGCCGGAGCCGCACCACUGGCGGCUCCUUCUUCCAGGGCUUUGGAGGUUUCCCUGCCUUCGGCGCCGGCUUCUCUUCGUUUGACUCAGGUUUCUCCUCCUUUGGCCAGCUGGGGAGCGGGGGGUUCACCUCAUUCUCCUCCUCGUCGUUUGGUGGAGGCGGCGGUGGCGGUGGUGGCGGCGGCGGCGGGGGUGGCGGCGGUGGCAUGGGAAACUUCCGGCAGGUGUCUACCUCCACCAAAUUCAUCAACGGCAGAAAAAUCACCACAAAAAGGAUCGUCGAGAAUGGCCAGGAGCGCGUGGAGGUGGAAGAGGACGGCCAGCUCAAAUCCCUGACCGUCAAUGGUGUAGCUGACCAAGAGGCCCUGGAGGUGGAGCACCAACGCCGAAGGCAGAACCUUCUCCCCAGUGCUCCCUCUGUCCCCCGCUACCUGAGGCCUGCGCCACAGGGAGGCCCAGAGGAAGAGGAGGACCGUGGCUCCCCCAGCCUGGGCCAGGCCAGAGGUCACGUGGACACUAAGCGGAGGAAAUCAUGGCUGAGGGAAGAAGGCAAGAAGAAGAAGGCGCCGAAGCUGGUCCACCGAAUAGGCGGCUGGCUUUAGGGAUGUGUCACCUCGAAGGGGGGGGGGGGGCGUUAAACAAAGCCCAGUGUCACUGUUUUUAGGAUCUUUAGCCUUACUGAGACAUCGCUUUACUCUCUUAACUCAGUGCAGUUUUGCCAUAAGGAAGUCAGUAGCCUUCACUUUCCCAUUGGUUCACCUGGGUCCACAGCAAUGUCCACUAGUUGCAGAAAUGCCAAAUCUGUCCCACCACGACCAAGCCAGUCAUCAGUUCUGAUGGAUCUGGUCAGCGGCACUACAGCUUGACAUCCCUGAGCAGAGCUUAAAAAGGGCUGCCAACUUUGGUCAGCUGGCUGGAAUGAGAUUUUAAUUUCGAGACAAGUCUGCACAUGCAUUUACAUGUAUGUGACAGGUUUAUUACCUUGUAAAUAGUCUGUAGGGUUUGCAAACUGCCCCAGUGUUUUUGAUGUAGCUAAUUUCAGGUUUAUAAUGGAAUAAUAUAGAUUUGCUGUAAGAUUUUGUGUGCGAGCAUGAGAAUCUGAAAGUGUGUCACCCCUGAUGCGUGACAGCUGGCAACCCUGGCAACUCAGAAUGCACAAAUCGACUCGCUUGCAUGGAUGAAACUAAAGGACAGUAGGACACAAAAACAUUCAAUUGCUGUUGACUUUGUUCCGUUUUUUUUUUUUUUUUUUUUUUUUUAAAUGACAUCAUUGUCGGCCUGUGACUCCACCUCCAUUCAGCCUCCAUCCUCACACCAUUUUAUGUAAUUUCCCACAAUGCAUUAGAUAGGGGGAAAAGGAUUCUGGGAUAACUGCUGCAAAUUUGAUUUGGUGGGGAAGUUGCAAGAUGUGCAAGGUAGGCAGCAGGCCCAUAGACAAAAAAAUUGUAGGGGGUUGGGCAAUCCUACCGAUAGGUCCCUUUCAGUAGGAUUGCCAACUAGGGUUGUGUUCAAACUCGUUAUUUUAAUACCUGGUUAUGUGCUGGUAGGCAGACAGGUAGUCACUGGUAAUUCUGGGCGAGGGAAAAGACAAGAUUGGCAUUUCUCACGAUUCAACAUGCAUUUACGGCGAGAGUCUCCAAGCUGUUCUGUAGCAUCCACAUGCAAGGGUGAAUGCAAUCUCUGUGUGAAAACGCUUCAUUAUAAAAGUCAUUAUGUCUAAAGGCACCUCUGACGUGACAAUAUGCAUUGUGAGGUUGGUCUCAGCUUCCCAGCAGACUUGCGACUGUACUUAAUUAAUCGGCAUGAUUGCACUAAAUAUCAUGCUGAAACACCGGAACCCAGUCUAUAACAAACCUAUAUUUAGGCAAUUUACUGCGCUGGAUAAAAUAUGGAUGUUUGUUCGUACCCUAGAGAGCUUCGAGUACCACGUGGUGAUUUUCCUCUCUUGACCUUUUUAAUGCAGAAUUGCUUCCUUCGGCCUCUGUAGUGCGAAAGCAUUAACACUUGCAUGCAUAACAGGUUCAGAGUCUCUCCUGCUUUUCAUUAAAACUCACACAGUGCGAAAAGGUGGGGUAAACUUAGUACCCUUUCAUAACCAUUGUAACGUGGUUUACUUUUGUGAUGAUUUGUUGUAUGAAAACAUAUUAUCUAUACGAAUCGUAGAUAAAUGUGAAUGAAUACAGUCGUUUUCUAUAUAAAAGGUGCCAAUAAAGCUAAAAUUAGAAUAAAAUGCGUUGUUUGUUUUCCUUAUUUAGUAUAGCUAAAUUAAAUCAUUUGUAGUUGGAUCUCAAACGCGGAAUUAAAGUCGAUUUAAUUGCCAUAUUUCCCAUUUAUUCGGAUCUGACUUCUGAAACAAUUUAUAUGUAAUUACCGCGUAAUACACUCAAAGUGGACUUUUUUAUUUUGCAUUAGCUUGGAUCGAAAUGAGGCGAAAUGCCAAAUUAAUUCUAUUUUGCCCGCACACCUUAAUAAAGUUUCGAGAAGAGCACCCCAAGCGCAUGUAGCUUAAAACUGUGACAUUUGCCAUUUAUUUAAAAACGGUACGUUGUAUAAUUCAUACGGUUUAAAGCGUGUAGGAGAGCCAGGCUGUAAUUUGACUCGAGAUUUCUGGGUGCGGGUCUCUGAGGCUUUAAUUAAACGAGCCCAUCUGAGAACGUCAGAUAAACUCAAGAUCUCGGUAGCCGUUUAUGCAUUUUACUCUUUGCGGUUAAAACUCAUAUUUCCACAUUAUAUAAUGAAGAUGUAGUAUAUAGCUAUUGGGCCCUGAACCUCCAUCGCAAGAACGAAGCAAUAAAGCAUAAAGCCGAAGACCCCGCGGAACCUCAUACAAGUGUAUAGCGGACAUGUAUCUUCCAACAUUCUUACUUAUAUGCUUUUUUUUGCUGUUAGACGUCCGUAAAACGGUCAAACCAACAAAUGUAACAUAUCUUAGUCAAAAACUUUAUAUAAAACUAAUAUAAAUGUUGCACGUAGAAAAGAGGGCACUACUGGUUAUUUAAUUGAUUUUUUCGUCGUAUUCAGGCAACACUCCUUAAUUUAUCAGCUUUUACGGGACAACUGUUUCACUGAUGUGUGCAUUGUUUUGCAACACACUUUGUAAAAAUGUGUGUGUGUAGAAAUCCUGCAUGAAGUGUUUUAAUUACAUUCUUCACUUCCGAUUGCCCCUGGUGAUACGCCCCCCCCCCCUGGCGCACCCCGGCUUCACGCCCGUCAUGGGCACAGCCCAUUAAGCGGCUGGAUGGGUAAAUGAGUUCAUAACCAGGCCCCCCCAGUCUGAAGGGCUUCGGAGUUUUUUUUUUUUUAUCUCUGACGGCUCUGUCUCCCCGGGGCUCCGUCUGAAGUGGUUUAAAGACGCGCUAAGUCCGGCCAUAGUGCUGAAAAUCCGAAGCACUGGACCCCGAUCACAAUGUUCUUUAAAAUAUAGGCUAGUCUGUCAGGCUGCUAAAAAGUUUUCGAGCACCCAACUGACCUGAUAGGCUAUUUUAGUGCCUUUUGGAAAAGGUGUGUUGGUAAAACCACAGUAGUAGGAUCUUUAGUAAUGAGUAAGUGUUUGGUUGUGCUUUGAAAAACCAGUAGGCCUAUUAACGUUUCAUAAACUACAUGCACCAUUUGUAUAAGAGUUAAACCGGUGAGGGAGGAGGUUCCGCAGCAUUGAGAUUUUUGCGGGUUUCAUUUUACCCUGCCCCCCCCCCCCCAAGGGAUGCUAACGCUAGGUGGCGCCAUACAUCAACGCUGCGUUAAUCAGCGAUCGGACAGACAGCCGUGCAGGAAGAGGCGUAUUAAUCUGGUUCAGUGGUCGAUCUGUCUAUCAGCCGCUAAUGAGAUCUUAAGUGAGGCGCAUUAAACGUAAACUUGCUAUCGUCUUUGAUGGAGUGGAGCUUUUGUUCAGUCGCCGAAUUGCCAUGGGGUGACCCGGAUUAGAGUGCCAUUCAAAAGGCUUGUUUUGACCUGAUGUGCAAAUGAUGUGUUUUAAAUAAUUACUAGUUUCAGUAAUAAACGAUGUUCAAAUACUAAAA